AUGUCUACCCCUUCGACGGCGACGGCGACUCUUCCUCCGCACCAUCAAUAUUUCGCACACCAUCCCACCUGGCAGCCUGCCGUCCCGAACCAACAUGUCAACGCACCCACGAGGCUGACCAACUCCAACUCGCACUACAACGCCUAUCCCGCUCCCGACCUGCGAAGAACCGCGACUGUCAACGCACGGCAGCCCCAGCCAGUCGAGGAAUACCCCACACAACCCUCUGCGACAAUGUCUAGCAGGAGGCGCGAGCACAAGCCCGACUGGGCCGAGUUCUACAAGAACGGCAUCCCCAAGGAAGUCAUCGUGAUAGAUGACGACAGCCCGGACCCACCCACGCGCCAGCCUCAGUCGUCGAGAGCCGCCGCCGCCGAGGGCCGUCAUGCCGACAAGAAGAGGAAAACGGCUGCGUCGGCCGCCUACGACCCAAUUUACCACCAGCAGACGUCGUACUCGACGACGCAGACGCCUUACUACGACCAGACGCCUUCUUACCACACCGUCUCCUCCGAUCGCACCGCCUCAGCGAUCAACACCACGGCCAGCACUUCCCUGGGCUCUCAGGCAAGCAACGGUGUCUACGCUCCCCAAAUGGAUGAUGGCGUCAUCGGUCAGAAGCGGAAGCGCACUACUAGGAGAACGACGCUGGACGAGGCCAAGGAAGCCAAGAGGCGAGAGACCGAACAGCAGAAGGAGCAUUGGACCACUUAUGUUCCUCCCCCGCAUCCUCCGAUCAAGGCCAAGGAUGUCUACGUCAAGGUCGUCGCGGAUAAGUUCAGAAGCAACGAAAAGGUCGACGAUGAGGAUGGCCACUAUGUUGUGGUCCCCGACGCCGAUCUCACUGAGAGAUAUCAAAUUGUGAAGUUGCUUGGCCAAGGAACCUUCGGCAAGGUUGUCGAAGCUUACGACAAACGUCUGAAGACCAAGUGCGCAAUCAAAGUCAUUAGGUCUGUCCAGAAGUAUCGCGACGCCUCUCGCAUCGAGCUCAGGGUCUUGUCCACCCUGGCCUCAAAUGACGCGCAGAACAAGAACAAGUGUAUCCACCUUCGGGAUUGCUUCGAUUUCCGAAACCAUAUUUGCAUUGUCACGGACCUGUAUGGACAGAGCGUUUUCGACUUUCUCAAGUCGAACCAGUUUGUGCCUUUCCCCAGCACGCACAUCCAGACGUUCGCCCGUCAGCUCCUGACCAGCGUUGCUUUCCUUCAUGAUUUGCAUCUCAUCCACACCGACCUUAAGCCUGAAAAUAUUCUUUUGGUCAACAAUGCUUACCAGACGUUCACCUACAACCGAACAAUACCUUCCUCCUCUACCGCCACUGCUCGGUCCGCUCGCCACAGAAAGGUUCUGUUGAACCCGGAGAUUCGCCUCAUUGACUUUGGAUCGGCCACCUUCGACGACGAAUAUCAUUCUUCCGUUGUCUCUACGAGACACUAUCGGGCGCCCGAGAUCAUUCUCAAUCUUGGAUGGAGUUAUCCUUGCGAUAUUUGGAGUAUCGGCUGCAUCUUGGUUGAGUUUUUCACAGGCGACGCUCUCUUCCAAACUCAUGACAACCUUGAGCACCUUGCCAUGAUGGAGGCAGUUUGCGGUGGCAAGCUUGACAAGCACCUCAUCAGACAAGUGCACGCCAAGGAUAGGGGAUCGUCACGGAAUCCGGCUACACAGUACUUCAAGGGACAGAAGCUUGACUAUCCGAACAACGAGACGCCGAAAGCUUCCAGAAAGUACGUCAAGGCGAUGAAGAGGCUUCAGGAUACCAUCCCGCCCCACACCGAUUUCAACGUGCAGUUCCUUGACCUGCUCAAGCGGAUCUUCGUCUACGACCCCAACAAGCGCAUAUCGGCAAAGGAGGCCCUCAACCAUCCGUGGUUUGACCAGAGAAUGGAGGACGACGGGACAGAGGCUCUUAAAAUUCGCAAGAAGCAGGAAAAGAUGAGAGAGGAGAAGGCUCGGCAAGCCGGUUACCGGUGA